GAGAGGCACUGGGACGGAUCCCAGGGUGCUCGCAAACACGGAAUGUGAGGCCUCGGCCCGGCUGCCCCCGGAUCCCUGGCCCGCUCUCCACACGGGCCUGCGCCCGCGCCCGCCGCCCCCAGCUUGCCCGGAGGAGCCAGGGCAGCCGCGCCCUUCUGCUGUGUGCCCGCGUGGCCGCCGCCACCCCUCGGAAUCCUCCGGGGCCGCCGAGGAGUUCGCUACGGAGGGAGGCGGGGGCCUUCGGGAGGAGGAGGCGGAGGAGGCGGAGGAGGAGGGAAGGAAGAUGGCGGCCGUGGAACUAGAGUGGAUCCCAGAGACCCUCUAUAACACCGCCAUCUCCGCUGUCGUGGACAACUACAUCCGCUCACGCCGAGACAUCCGCUCCUUACCCGAGAACAUUCAGUUCGAUGUUUACUAUAAGCUGUACCAACAGGGACGCUUAUGUCAACUGGGCAGUGAAUUUUGUGAAUUGGAAGUUUUUGCUAAAGUAUUGAGAGCUUUGGAUAAAAGACAUUUGCUUCAUCAUUGUUUCCAGGCUUUGAUGGAUCAUGGUGUGAAAGUUGCUUCAGUCUUAGCCUACUCAUUUAGUAGACGGUGCUCUUACAUAGCGGAAUCAGAUGCUGCAGUAAAGGAAAAAGCCAUUCAGGUUGGCUUUGUUUUAGGUGGCUUUCUUUCAGAUGCAGGCUGGUACAGUGAUGCUGAGAAAGUUUUCCUGUCUUGCCUUCAGUUGUGUACUCUACAUGAUGAGAUGCUUCAUUGGUUUCGUGCAGUAGAAUGUUGUGUGAGAUUGCUUCAUGUGCGAAAUGGAAACUGCAAAUAUCAUUUGGGUGAAGAAACAUUUAAGUUAGCUCAGACAUACAUGGAUAAACUCUCAAAACAUGGCCAGCAAGCAAACAGAGCUGCGCUCUAUGGAGAACUGUGUGCACUCCUGUUUGCAAAAAGUCACUAUGAUGAGGCAUACAAAUGGUGCAUUGAGGCAAUGAAAGAAAUCACAACAGGCUUACCAGUCAAAGUCGUGGUGGAUGUUUUAAGACAAGCUUCUAAGGCUUGUGUUGUAAAACGUGAAUUUAAGAAGGCAGAACAGUUAAUUAAGCAUGCAGUGUAUUUGGCACGGGAUCAUUUUGGAUCCAAACACCCAAAAUAUUCUGAUACACUGCUAGAUUAUGGGUUCUACUUACUCAAUGUAGAUAAUAUCUGUCAGUCUGUUGCAAUUUAUCAGGCAGCCCUUGACAUUCGGCAGUCAGUGUUUGGUGGCAAAAAUAUCCAUGUAGCAACAGCUCAUGAAGACUUGGCUUAUUCUUCUUAUGUUCACCAGUAUAGCUCUGGGAAAUUUGACAAUGCACUAUUUCAUGCAGAAAGAGCUAUUGGUAUCAUUACCCACAUCCUACCUGAAGAUCAUCUUCUUUUGGCUUCUUCAAAGAGGGUGAAAGCACUUAUUUUAGAGGAGAUUGCAAUUGACUGUCAUAAUAAAGAAACUGAACAGAGGUUGCUUCAAGAAGCUCAUGAUUUGCACCUGUCUUCACUCCAGCUAGCUAAAAAAGCUUUUGGGGAAUUUAAUGUACAGACUGCAAAACACUAUGGAAACCUUGGAAGACUUUAUCAGUCAAUGAGAAAAUUUAAGGAAGCAGAAGAAAUGCACAUCAAAGCAAUUCAGAUUAAAGAGCAACUUCUUGGUCAAGAAGAUUAUGAAGUAGCCCUUUCAGUGGGACAUCUGGCUUCUUUAUAUAAUUAUGACAUGAAUCAGUAUGAAAAUGCUGAGAAACUUUAUUUGCGAUCUAUAGCAAUUGGGAAGAAACUUUUUGGUGAAGGCUACAGUGGACUAGAAUAUGAUUACCGAGGUCUCAUUAAACUUUACAACUCCGUUGGAAAUUACGAGAAAGUGUUUGAAUAUCACAAUGUUCUGUCUAACUGGAACCGGUUGCGAGAUCGGCAGUAUUCAGUGACCGAUGCUCUUGAAGAUGUCAACACCAGCCCCCAGUCCACUGAAGAAGUGGUGCAGUCCUUCCUGAUUUCUCAGAAUGUUGAGGGACCGAGCUGCUGAGGGAGGACCUCAGUUAACUAAUUUACCUUUUCCCAGAUUCCAGGGAAUUCAUACUGUGAAAUCAAAACCAUGUUGUUUUUUGGGGCUGGAAUUUGCAUUGAAACACUGGUCCAGUCCAUUGACCCUAUUUGGGUGAUCCCUAUCUUGCAGAGUGUCUGUAGGAAUAAGCAUAUAUUCAGUUAUAUUCAGCAUGUACCGCAUGUAUAAGUAAUCUGGCCCAUAUUUUCAACCUAGUAGAACAAACAACAGGAAUUUUUUUUUCUUUUUAAAAAAUAAUUCAUUUUGCAGAAAGCCUGAAAGAAAAAAAGAACCCCUAAAUAAAACUAUUUAAGAGUUUAAAA